AAGUGUGACUUUUCAUUGUUCCAGUUGUCCUCUUAAGUUUUAGUUUAGCAUCUAUGAAGCUUUCUUUCAAUCAUCUAUUUUAAAUUGUUUCUUUAUGUUUUUCAAGUUAGUUCUAACGACGUAACACUGCUCGUUUGGAUCUAGUCAAGUAAAACGCUUGCUCGUCCAAAAUGCCCAACUCUGGCAAAUUAUAUGAGAGGGCCAAAUCCCUAAAACUAGGGUUGUUGGGAGGAGCAAUGCCGCCAUCGCCAUCGCGGUAAGUCUCCUCUCUCUCGAUCGAAUGCCGGUCUUCCGGCCGUCGCCGAUCCUAGCGACGCAGCGCCUGUCACAGCUCGCGCCGCUCAAAUGGUUCAAGGCGCCGUCCCGGACAGCCGACAAGCCCGUGUACGUGACCAAGCGGCUGCUCGAGGGGGAGAAGGCGCGGGAUACCUAUGGAAGAAUGCGCCAGUGUGGGAUCCGGCCGUGCGUGCCAGUGAUCGUGCUCGCGAUCAAGGCUUGCAGCGAGAGAUGGGAUCUCAUGAGCCUCCACAGCGAUCUCGUCGCCACCAAGAACGAUCGAGACGUGUCGGUGGCCAACACUCUGAUCGACAGCUACGCGCACUUUGGCCUCGUCGCGGAUGCUCGCAAGGUCUUCGAUGGGAUCCAGUGCCGCGACGCCAUCUCGUGGAACACCAUGAUCAAAGGUUACGUCCAGAACGGCGAUGGCAAGGGAGCUCUCGAGCUCUUCUCGCGGAUCCAGGAAGAUGGUCUUCUCCCAAACGCGAGAACUUAUCUGGCAGCUCUCCAGGCCUGCUCCAUGGUCGCAGCUCGAGAGAAAGGGACAGUGCUCGAAGGUGGCAGGCUUGUCAAGGUGGCUACUUUGGAAAGAGGAGCAGCGAUCCAUGCCGAGAUCGUCAAGAACCAGUACUCCGGGGACGUGUUCGUCUCCAGCGGUCUCGUGGAUAUGUACUCCAAGUGUGGAAGCCUGGAGAAUGCCAAGCUCGUCUUCGACAAAAUGGAGUUCCACGACGUGGUUUCCUGGACUGCGAUCAUCAUGGGCCACUGUAACUGCGGCGAGGCCGAGCUCGCUCUCGCCUUGUUCUCGCGGAUGAAGGAGGAAGGCUUCAUUCCCGAUGGCACAACUUUCGUGGCGGUUCUCAAGGCUUGCGCGAGCUUGGCAGUGAAGGAGACGAGUGGAAGUCAUGGAGAAGUGGCUCUGGCGAGCCUGGAGAAAGGGAGAGCGCUCCACACCGAGCUCAAGAAGCUGGGGAUCAAGUCGGACAUGGUCUUGGAGAGCUCGCUCGUGGAUAUGUACGUCAAAUGUGGGAGCUUGGAAGAUGCAAGGCUGGUGUUUGAGAGGAUGCAUCGUCGCGACGCACUCGCGUGGACGAGUAUGAUAUCCGGAACUGCUCAAGCUGGGAAUGGCGAGCUCGCUCUCCAGAUGUUUGCUCGCAUGCAAGAGGAAGGGAUCAGGCCAGACGCUCCAGCUUUCGUCGCCGCUCUUGGUGCUUGCAGUAGCCUCGCGGCGAGAGAAGGCAAGCGUGUGGAAGGGAAGUUCAAGAAGAGCCUCGUCUUGCAGAAAGGCACGGCAAUUCACUCUAAGCUCGCAAAGAUAGUGAAGCUCCCGAAUGCUUUUGUGGAGAAUGCUCUCGUGGAUAUGUACGCGAAGUGUGGCAACAUCCAGCGAGCUCGGGAAGUGUUUGACGCGAUGCUGGAGCGAGAUCUAGUCUCCUGGAACUCCAUGAUACUGGGACUUGCACAAAACGACGAGUGUGAACCGGCUCUCAAGUACUUCUCGGUCAUGCAGCACGAAGGCUUCAAGCCAGGCACCAGGACGAUUGUCGGGGUGUUCAAAGCCUGUGCGGCGAUGGUGGCUUUGGAAACCGGUCGAAAGUUUCACGUCGAGGCUCGCAUCUCCGGACUUGACAAUGAUCCCACGGUGGCAUCCUCGAUCGUGGACUUCUACGCCAAGUGCGGUAGUAUGAGCGAUGCACAAGAGGUGUUUGAUUCGCUGGAGACGAGGGACUUGGUAACUUGGAACGCCUUGAUCGCGGGAUACAGCUGCUGCGGAGACAAUGAACGAGUCCUGGAACUUUUGGUCAGCGCAGAGAAAGAAGUUGGCUCAGUGAACGGCAUCACUCUCCUCUGUGUUCUCGCGUCCUACAGCCAUGCUGGCCUGGUGGAGGAAGGCAAGAGCUUCUUUGAGACAAUGAACUCUAGAUAUGGUGUCCAACCCGGCGUGGAGCACUGCACCAGCAUGGUGGAUCUUCUGAGCCGAGCGAAUCGUCUGGAAGAGGCAGCGAGCAUGGCCAAGAGAAUCUCUCGCGAUUCAAGCAAAGUCGCGUGGAUUACAGUGCUGGGGGCUUGUUUCAAGUGGAAGAACGUAGAAGUUGGCAAGCUUGCGUUUGACUCGGUACCGAAGGAGGAUGGCGAUCCAUCGCCUUUCGUGCUCAUGUCGAAUAUCUACGCCGGGGCUGGGAUGUGGGAGCAGCGAGCAGCAGUCCGAAAGGCGAUGGCGACGAAGUCUUUGAGCCGAGCACAGGGACAGAGCUCGUCAUGGGUCGAUGCCGCUGGAACGGUUCACAGAUUUUCUUGGGAGAAAGAGAAGAAGAUGGAGCAUCCUCAAAUGGAAGAGAUUGUCGCGAAGUUGAGCCUUUUCCUGGGUGACAAGACGAGGAACGAUGAUCAAGUUUGCGAGCACAGCGAGAGAUUUGCUGCUGGUUGUGCUCUGGUAAACACAGCGGCUGGAACAGACAUCCGGAUCUCCAAGAGUGGAAGAGUUUGCGGCGAUUGUCACGACGUUUUAGCCGCCAUCUCCAGACAAGGAGGAGGAGGCCGUUUGGUCGUCUGCAAGGACAUAAGUUGUGUCCACGCUUUUCGAGACGGGCACUGCUCCUGUGGAGAUUUCUGGUGACUUUGCUGCUUUUCUCCUAGGGCUUUUUCAUGGAUCCGGCUUCAGUCCAAGCUAACAGAGCAGCUCAAGCUGAAGAAUUGGAAGCUCUCCGCUACAUUUAUGGAGAGGAUAUCGUUGUUCACGAGCACGAACACUUCUGUGAG